AUGCUUUUCCCGUACCGCGCCGGCCAUGAACUUUCCAACAAUCACUUGGCCCAAGUGGCGUAUUACUGGCACCUAGUCCUACUGGACAAUCCAAGCGUUGCAAGGAUCAAGAGACACCUCCCCACGUCCAUGGAUGUUUGGGGAAAGUUGAGGAUAAAUGGUGGUCGCACCACAGUCCGCACAGAGAUGGUCUCCGAGAAGACAUUGAGGCACCGCCAACGCCUCACGUCAUAUGUUCGAUACGAGUCUGAGUAUCAGGGGCAAGAUGGACGACAAUUUACUGUCGUAUCGUACGGCGAACUUUCGUUGAUACUUGUCUGCACCUUGCCAAAUCACCGACUGUUCGGGAACCACGCGGGCAAGACACAUCUGCUAGCUGUUGUUACGCCAUGUCAAACACAAAGCACCGAUGCACGACUGGAGCCAACUGGGUACGACCAGCUCCUUGCGCCAGUCGUCAUCGAUGUUCGCAGCAUUACUGCUGCUGUUGGACGACAACGGCGCGGGAACACAUGGUGGAUCAUUGACCAGUUUGACGCCGCACUGCCAACAUUUGAUGAGCUGAAUGUAAAGAAUGGGGAUGUGCUUGAUGUCGACGUCGAUGAGGAGGAUGAAGAAGAGUAA